GUACUUUCACUUCCCCUACUUCUGUACUUUCAGUUUGAAGCGCGUGUCAGGCCCAGGCGGGGGGCUCGGCCCCGCCACUUCAGCUACAAAUGGCACAACAAUAACGAUGCCGGGUCGGGUCUCAAACCCUCUGGCGGCAUGACCCCGUGUGCGGCACUGGGGCUGCAGCCUCGACCAAGCUACGAUGAUGGGGAAGGUUCCCUCGUUCUCCCCCGGCACCACAGUGAGCUCCGCUCUGCCCGGCUACGUCGCUCUCUGCCUCACUCUACAGGUUCACAGACUGGUGUCAGCACAAUUCACAGUGACUGGACCUGACCGUCCAAUCGCUGCCUCCAUAGGUGGGGAGGCCGUCCUGCCCUGCCACCUCUCCCCCAGGAUGAGCGCUGAGAACAUGGAGGUGAGAUGGUUCCGAUCCCAGUUCUCUGCAGUUGUGCACCUGUACCGUGGUGGGCAGAAUCAGUAUGGACAGCAGAUGCCGGAAUAUCGAGGAAGAACUGAGCUCUUGAAAGAUGACAUCACCAAUGGGAGUGUUUCCCUGAGAAUACGCAAUAUCCAACCCUCCGAUGAUGGACAAUACAAAUGCUUUUUUCAGUCCAGUGUCUCUUAUGAAGAUGCUAUAUUGGAAGUGCAGGUGGCAGGGGAACUCCCUACACACUGUCCGAGCACCAUCGCCAGGUAAGGAAGUGACCAAGGUGGAGCAAGGAGGACAAAUUCUGAGAGGUGCUCCAAUCCUCAGAGAGAAAAGAGAAUGCAGGAAGUGGAGAGAAAAGGAAAGGCAAGACAGAAAGAAUGAGGAGCACAUUCUAAAGGGACAGGAGCGAAUGACUAAUGUGAUGGAGGAACAAACAGAGAUGCUGAAGUCCCUAAUCAUGCUCCAGUCAGUGCAGAUGCAUGCUCACCUCCCCUUGCAGCUGAUACAAAACUGUUUUCCAUGCUCUCCACAAACUGCUCACACAUUCCUUGCAACUUCCCGGCACAUCUCAGUACCCUGUUCAUUCCACCCCUUCGGACACCUUCCAGAAUCACAGCUAGACGUAUGCACAGCUCUGAGAGCCUCCACUGUUCUUCACUGUUAUCUCCCUUCCCACCAAGCCUUAUGUGUGUGUUAAUUGAUGUUUAACAAAAACAAAGUCUCUGAGAGAUAACCAAUCUUUAUUAGUGUCCUACACGGAGUGAUUGAUGCUGGUAGAAAUACAUAGAAGUAGUUUAAUCACAAUGGUUAAGCAAAAUGAGGUAACAGAAGUUAGUCAAGCAUGGCAGAUUGAUGUAUA